UCUAUACUGGUGUGUUUUACAGACAUCCGUCUCCGUGUCCGUGCCGAGUACUGCGAGCACGAGCGCGCCCUCCGUCGCGGUGUCGCCUCGAGCCGUCCCCGCGGCCCCGGUCGCGCCCUGGACGUGUUCGGCCAGGCCUCGGGGGUGCUGAAAUCCCGGGAUUUGGGCUCCAUCCUGUGCGACAUCAAGUUCUCGGAGCUCUCCUACCUGGAGGCCUUUUGGGGCGAUUACCUGAGCGGGGCCCUGCUCGAGGCCCUCAAGGGGGUUUUCCUCACCGAGGGGCUGCGCAGGGCCGUGGGCAGGGAGGACGUCCGGCUGCUGGUCAGCGUCGACCAGGACGACUACGAGCAGGGAAGGAGGCUCCUCAUCAGGGCCGGCCAGGGGGGGAACUGGGGGGGCAAUCGGGGG